UCCAAGCCACACAGACGACAAACGCAACUUCAGCUUGGCACACGCGCCUCGGCAUCGAUCGCUCUUCCCCUGGUCACAAUAGCAAGGAAAUUAAGCGGCUUUGUUGGACCUACCCCCCCACCCCCGCCAGCAGGUAUACGAUCGGACAACGAUCCUCGACGACAAGUUGCACUCGACGACUGGCCAUUGUCUUGCGAUCGAUCGAUAUUGACACACGUACAAAAGAGCUCUUCAUCAUCUAAGUCGAUGAUGCUGGGUGCUGCUGUAAGGGCCGUGACCACUGGAUCGCAGGAUGAAUAGUCACACGUCUCGGAUGCAGUCGGGCCUCGAUGGUGAGGCAUUCAUCACGGAAAACUAGAUUCCCCCGCGUCAACUGGAAAACUUCUAAUGCACUAAAAAUAGUGUCCGCCGUCAGGUAAGCCUACUGCACCGCGCCACCGAGCUGUCGAGCGUCACAAGCGACAGCCAACCAGAGGAAAGAAAUUCCAGAGCCAGCGCCAGAGCGAUUGCGUUCAUUGCCGCCAGCGGACGUCGAAAUCGGCUUAGGCGAUGACUGAUCAACUGCUGAGUGCAGCCUCCGGCCAGCCACCGCCACCUGCCCUGGUGGCUUUACCCGUCUCAACGCCCGGGUCCUACCUCAACGGCGCAUCGGAGGGUGGGGAUGUCGAGCCAGUGGAGCAGCCGGUGCUGCUGGAGCUCGGAGCCCCACAGUCGGGCCACAUCCACAUACCCGUCAGCCUCAAUUACACGCUGUCCUCCGAUGGAGGCGGAAUGCUGGGCUAUGCCGCGCAGCAGCCGCCGCAUGGCUGCCUCAGCUAUACGCCCACCCUGAUGAGCAGCUACGAGAAGGACGCCUCCAGCAUGGGCAUGAUGCAGUCCACGAUGGCUCACGCUCAUCCGCCCUACAGCAUCAUUCCGCAGCCGGUGUCGAUGUGGCACGCCGGCCAGCUACCCGCCCCUCUAGCCAGCCAUAUGGAGAGCAAGCCCAGCGAGCUGGUUCCUCCGCCCAUGUACAUGGCCUACGGUGGCGGCAGCAUAGCCAGCAGCACCGAGGUGGAGAUCUCAAAGGAGCACAAUCCCGCCUGGCGGGAGAAGGCUCUGCAGAUGGAGAAGGACUACAGGCGCACGGCCUGCGACCGGGAGCGCACCAGGAUGCGCGACAUGAACAGGGCCUUCGAUCUGCUGCGCUCCAAGCUGCCUAUCUCCAAGCCCAAUGGCAAAAAGUACUCCAAAAUCGAGAGCCUAAGGAUUGCCAUCAACUACAUCAAUCACCUGCAAGCCAUGCUGCGCGACAAUUCGACAUCGCAAAAUGAAGGUGUCUGUUGCACCUGGAGCGGUGGCAGCAGUUCGCCGUACGAUCACGGCCACGACCACUGGGGGGCGUAACCCAAAAAUGAAUCGAAUGUGAAAAGUUUGCCAAAGAACCAAGUCUGGACCAGUGUCGCCAGCUUUACCACAUCGAAAUUGUCUGUUAAAUUGUUAAGUUCUGGCAGCGACAAAUCGAUUUUAAUAGGUGGGGUAGACGUAUCUUCCUUAUUAGGGUAAUACAUAUCUAUAAUAAAUA